AUGCACAACACUAGUCCUGAAGGAAACCAUCGAGCAAAUGGAGCUCACAAUGGUGAAAAAAUUGCAAUUUUGGAUGCUGGUGCUCAGUAUGGAAAGGUUAUAGAUAGGAGAGUUAGAGAAUUAUGUGUGGAAAGUGAUAUUUUACCCUUGGACACUCCAGCUUUUUUUUUGAAGGAAAAGGGAUACAAAGCCAUUAUAAUAUCAGGUGGACCUAAUUCAGUUUUUGCUGAAGAUGCUCCUAGAUAUGAUGCUGACAUCUUUAGAAUAGGUGUUCCAGUUUUGGGGAUAUGCUAUGGAAUGCAAAUGAUGAAUAAGGAAUUUGGGGGUCAAAUUGUAAAAAAAGCUGGUAGAGAAGAUGGACAAUUUAAUAUUGAGGUGGAUACCAAAUGCCUUUUAUUCAAGAGUAUGGAUAAGAUUCAACCAGUUCUUUUAACACAUGGAGAUAGUAUAGAAAAAGUAGCAGACAGUUUUAAAGCUGUUGCUAUGUCACAAGCAUUUAUCGCUGGAAUUGCAAAUGAUAAAUUAAGAUUAUAUGGUGUACAGUUUCAUCCGGAAGUUGAACUUACUUCUAAUGGGAAAACAAUGCUCAAAAACUUUUUAGUCGAUAUUGCAGGCCUCACUGGAAAUUAUACAAUGCAAAGCAGAGAAAUUGAAUGCAUAAAUGGCAUUAAGGAAAUUGUUGGAAACAAUAAAGUUUUGCUAUUGGUUAGUGGUGGUGUAGAUUCGACAGUGUGUGCAGCUUUGCUUCACAAAGCUCUCAGACCUGAUCAAGUAAUAGCUGUUCAUAUUGAUAAUGGGUUUAUGAGAAAAAAUGAAAGUGCCCUUGUUGAAGAAUCAUUGCAAAGACUGGGAUUAAAAUUAAAAGUUGUUAAUGCAGCUCAACAAUUUUUCGAAGGAACAACCAAAAUGCCUGGAGAAAGAAAACCCGAUUGGAAGAUAGGACAGACAAAAAUGCUUUGCCAAACCGUUAAUCCCGAAGAAAAGCGUAAAAUAAUUGGAGACAUUUUUGUUAAUGUAGCAAAUGAAGUAAUUUCUGAAUUAAACUUAAGACCGGAUGAAGUUUUUUUGGGCCAGGGUACUCUUCGGCCUGAUUUAAUUGAAUCGGCUUCGGUGUUGGCAAGUGAUAAGGCUGUAGUUAUUAAAACUCAUCAUAAUGACACAGAGUUAGUCAGGCAGCUUAGAGAAGCUGGUAGAGUAGUCGAGCCCCUUAAAGACUUUCACAAAGAUGAAGUUAGAGCUCUGGGACGAGAUUUGGGUUUGCCGACGGAUUUGGUUAUGCGACAUCCAUUUCCCGGUCCUGGUUUAGCUAUUAGAGUAAUUUGUGCCGAAGAGCCUUACAUUCAAAGAGACUUUUCCGAGACUCAAGUUAUUGUUAAAAUUAUUGUAGAGUAUGAGCAAAUGCUUUUAAAGAAACAUGCACUUUUGAAUAGAGUAGACAGCGUAACAAGUGAAGAAGAAAGAUCAGUUUUAAAAAAAGUUUCUAGUAGUCAUAAUUUAGCUGCUACCCUUUUACCAAUUCGCUCUGUUGGUGUUCAGGGCGAUAAUCGGAGUUACAGUUACGUAGUGGGAAUAUCUAGUAAAAACGAUCCCGUUUGGACAGAUUUGGAAUUUUUAGCUAAACUCAUUCCUAGAAUAUGUCACAAUAUAAAUAGAGUUUGCUACAUAGCCGGUGGUUUAGUUAAAGAUCAAGUUCAAGAUGUAACUCCGACAUUUCUUUCAUCUCACGUAUUGAGUACUUUAAGACAAGUUGAUUACAUAGCAAAUCAGGUUUUGGCAACUUCCGGAUGUAUGAGCGCCAUAAGUCAAAUGCCGGUCGUAUUAAUUCCAAUACAUUUUGAUCGUGACACCGCAUUGCGUAUCCCAUCUUGUCAAAGAUCCGUCGUUCUUCGGCCUUUUUGUACUCAAGACUUUAUGACAGGUGUUCCCGCGUUACCUGGAAAACAACUCCCCACAGAGGUUGUAAAUAAAAUGAUGACCGAAAUUUUAACAGUACCGGGCAUAUCUAGAGUUCUGUACGAUUUAACACCGAAACCACCUGGAACGACCGAGUGGGAGUGA